AUGGGACGCUCCAGUCCGUUCCAACUUGGGGCUAUCCUUGCUCUCGCCCUUGCUUGCCGCGUCUUGGGCCAGGAUGACGCAUCAACCCUGUUCAGCUUUGCACCGGCUGAAGGGGGGCGGAAUGGUCUCAAGCUAGCAGGGGUCGGAGUUGCUCCAAAUAUCCUCGUAUCGGGGGACGAUUUCUCCGGGGUUCAACGAGCUGCAAACGACCUCGCCAUUGAUUUUGGCAGAGUGCUGGGUACCAAUGCGUCCGUCUCCAAGACCGACACGCCACCAGAAGGCGUAUCUGACCCUGCGAUAAUCGUGGGAACUCUUGGAAAGUCGCCCCUCGUCAAAGCCUUGGUCCACUCUGGACAGGUUGAUGUGACGGAGAUCGAAGGUAAAUGGGAAGCGUACACAUCCCAGCUUAUCAAGAAUGAGAGCGGUGCAACAGUUGCUCUUGCAAUCAUCGGAAGCGACCUGCUUGGUACCAGCUUUGGAGUCUAUGAUGUAUCCGAACAGAUCGGCGUGUCGCCCUGGCAUUGGUGGGCGGACGUCCCCUCAAAGAAGCGAGACUUCAUCUUUGCUCCCAGCAAGUCCAAGGUCCAAGGCUCGCCAUCCGUAAAAUUUCGCGGGAUCUUCUUCAAUGAUGAAGCUCCCGCCCUGACAAAUUGGGCCAAGGCCAAAUUUCCCUCGAGCCAGUACGGCAAUCCUUUCACCUCGCAGUUCUACGCUAGGGUCUUCGACUUGCUGCUCAGGAUGAAGGGCAAUUACCUCUGGCCGGCCAUGUGGAGCGGUAUGUUCUAUGUUGACGAUGCUAAGAACGGGCCAAUGGCAGCCGAGUAUGGUAUUUACAUGGGAACGUCUCAUCACGAGCCCAUGGCCAGGGCAGACAAGGAGCAAGGCCGGUUCUGCCAGGGCGCUUGGGACUGGUCCAGGAACCAGGCGAACGUGAAGAAGUUCAUGACGGAGGGAGCCCAGCGUGCAAAGGGCUGGCCGACCAUCUUCACCUUGGGUAUGCGAGGCAGCGGCGAUGCUGCAUCUGCCACACUCACGUCGCAGAGUUUGCAACAGGUCAUCAAGUUUCAACAGUCUGCCCUGACCGCAGCCACGGGGAAGAACCUGUCUGAGAUUCCCCAGGCCUGGGUGAUGUAUAAGGAAGUUCCUGGGUAUUGGCAGAAAGGCAUGGAUGUGUCGGAGGACGUGACGCUGCUCUGGUCCGACGACAACAGAGGCAACAUUCGAAGAAUCCCGACGGCCAAGGAGAAACAGCGCCGAGGCGGGUCCGGGAUGUAUUACCACUUCGACUAUGUUGGCUCGCCGCGGAAUUACAAGUGGAUCAAUACUAUCCAACUUCAGAAGACCUGGGAGCAGAUGCACUUGGCGUUUGAGAGGGGGAAUCAGAUGAUGUGGAUUGCGAAUGUUGGAGAUCUCAAGGCACUGGAACUGCCAACAAGUCACUUCCUAGCUAUGGGUUACGACAUGUCCAAGUUCUCUUCGCCAGAGAGCACAAGAAAAUGGCUCAAGAACUGGGCGAGUGUUCAACUUGAUGAUAGCGUGGCCGAAGACACGGCUCAGAUCAUGUCAACGUACGGCAUGUUGACUGCACGCCGCAAGUAUGAGGACCUAAGCAUCACUCCAUUUGCCUUCAGCGCAGUCGAGUAUGAUGAGGCAGAGAAGAACUACCACGAGUGGGAGGUUCUCCUCAACUUCACACAGUCAACCUACGACAAGCUACCGGAUGAUAUAAAAGUCCCUUUCUUCCAGAUGGUCCUGCAUCCCGUCAAGGCAGGCAAGCAAGUCUUUGAGAUCUAUAGCAAGGCUGCGCUGGCAUCACGAUACGUGACGGAGAGGCGCAUCCGGGCCAACGAGUUCUCCCAGGAUGCCAGGGAUGCCUUUGCUGCCGACACGGCGCUGGCUAAGGAAUACCAUGCGAUGUUGAACGGCAAGUGGAACCACAUGAUGGAUCAGACUCACAUCGGGUACAACAACUGGCAGGAGCCGCCGCGCAACUCUCUCCCUAACCUUCAGUCACUUUCUGCCGGCGGAGGAGGAAAGCUGGUCGGUGUCGGGAUUCAAGGUUCAGCAACCAGCGGCACGGAUGCGGCACGGAUCACGCUCCAGCCGAUGACCCAGUACAUGUCACCGGCAGAAGAGAGAUACAUUGAUGUGUUUCUGCGACAGUCUGGCUCAGUAUCGUAUACUAUCGAGUCCGCGGCCAGCUACGUCAACAUCACGAAUCCAUCGAGCAGUCUGGCAUCUACAGGAGGGCCGUCGCAGCUACAAUCUAUCAUUCAGGUCGACUGGAGCGCCGUUCCAGUCGGGAGCUCCUCUGCCGAGCUUACGGUAAAGGCAGGAUCUCAGAGCACAGUUGUUGUCGUUCCCCUUCAAAAGCUUGAGAACCUACCCACCGGCUUUGAGGGCCACGUGGAGUCCGGUGGCGCGGUGUCCAUCGAAGCAAGUCAUUACCGAACAGUGGACAACGGCGGGGACGCUGUCGGCUAUGUGAAGAUCCCGGACUACGGGCGCACCCUGGCCGGUGUCAAAUUGUGGCCCGUGACUGUCGAGGGCCAGUCCACUGCCGCCGGCCCGUCGCUCGAAUACUCCUUCUUUAGCUUCUCGAAACCCAGUAAUGCUAAACUCACGGUCUACCUGUCAAGCUCGGAGAACGCCAACUCGGAGAGGCCGAAUAGUCGCCGCCGAUGCCGGACAGGAGCCGAGGGGGUGGGAAAACGCGGUGACGAGGAAUACUUGGAUGACAGACUCGAAUCUCGGGGCCCUUUCGAGUGGCAAUCACACCCUGCGCGUGUGGCUUUUGGAGCCGACGAUGGUGCUGACAAAGUUGGUCGUUGA